AUUCACCUGGCUUGCCUCCCUUUUUGUGGGGUUUUCUCAGAUAAUAUAUAUUUCUAUGUGAGAUUUGAGAUAUGCUUCCUAUGAUGAUUAGUCUCACACUCUUAUAUUGGGUUGGAGCAACUAGAAAACUUGAUUCUGUUUAUAGUUCACAUUGCUUACCUUCUUUUUUGUGAGAUUUCCUCAGAUAUAUUUUUAUGUGACAUUCGAGAUAUGCUUCCUAUAUGAUGUUGAUUAUUAUUUCUUAAUGCUACUAUGAUAAGUAGUGGGCUGAUUUUUUCCUUUUUAAGUUUCGUGCGUCAACUCCAUAGAAGUAAGUAGUUUGAUGUACAUUGACCAGCGGUAACCCUUUUUUUUUCUUGUUUUCUACAGAUUGUGGUUUUAUUUGAUGCAGUGCACAUAUUACAAUAAUCAAGAUGGAUCUUGUCGUGAGUGCCUCAACGAGUGCACUGCGGGCCGUUCUUCCGAAGCUGGCCAAGUUGCUGGGCGACGAAUACAAGCUGCAAACAGGCGUUAAGGACGGGAUCCGGUACCUGCAUGGGGAGCUCGGAAGCAUGCAGGCAGCCUUAGAGAAAGUGGCAGAGGUGCCGGCGGAGCAGCUCGAUCCGCUGGUAAAGCUCUGGGCGCGUAACCUGAGGGACGUGUCCUACGACAUCCAGGACACCGUUGAUUCCUACAUUGUGCGUGUUGACGCUGGUAGUGAGUCUGGAUCCUCCUCCUCCAUGACGUGCUGCGUUAACAUACGGCCACGGGCAUGCAAGGCUCGCCGCGACAUCGCCACAGAUAUCCAGCGCAUCAGAAAGGAAGUUGAGGCACUGAGCAGCCGGCGCGAGAGGUACAAAGUUGACAGUGUGGCAGUCCAAGUGCCAGCCCUGUCUGAUCCACGCCUGCUAGCUCUGUACCAGGACAAGGAAGAGCUCGUUGGCAUCGACCGUUCGAGCAAGCGGAUAAUGGAGUUUCUGUCAAUGGGAUCGGGAGGUGAAGGCACAUCAGGGCAGAAGCUCAAGUUGGUCUCCAUCGUUGGCCCUGGUGGGAUGGGCAAAACCACCCUUGCCAACGCGGCGUAUCAAAAUCUUCAAGGGAAAUUCGAUUGUGCCGCUUUUGUUUCGGUUUCUCUUCGGCCUAAUAUGAAGAAUAUCCUCAGCUCCCUCCGGCAGUGA